AUGGGUGCUUGUAUUGGAAAAAAAAGCUCAAAACAUGUCAAAGACAAUCAGUUUACCUCAGAUAUACCUCAAGUACCACAAAUUCAAAUUCAAGAUGAUCAUUCCGCCAGUCAACCUUCACCAUCUUCAUCGAAAAAAUUUAAGGUCGCAGAUGAAUUUGUUUUCAAUAACGGUGACGAUAUUCGAUUGACGAUAAUUGACGAUAACGAAAUUGAUUCAGAAGUCAAUGUUAUCAUUAAGGAACAAGAUGAAAUCAAUACAAUACUUAACCAACCUUUCUCGACACGUGUGGUCUCAAUAUCCGAUACGGAACUUGAAUAUGAGUUAGCAAAUCUCAUUUAUGGAUGUCCAGCAAUUGAUUAUAAGGAAAAUCCGUUAGCAACAACGACAGCAACUUUGAAAUCCGUUGAUGCUUAA